ACGGGAUGGGCGAAUCCAAACGCGGAGGGGCGCCGGACGCUCACGGCCUUACGCUGCUACCGCGCGUCCCGCUUUGCUCCCUUGCUUCGCCCCCGGUUUGGGGCCAGUGGACCCGUCCCAAGGGGGCUAGGAUUCGAGACCUGCGCACAAGGGGGGAGCGGUCUGGCUGGUCGGAGGUAUCUCCUCCAGAGACCCGGAGCUAGAGAUGCUAUUAGGCGGUCCUUCUAUCAAGUGUGAGAAGUUGGCCCGGAGAUGCAAAACUUCGUUCUAUACGAGGAGAUCGGCAGAGGAAGCAGGACCAUUGUCUAUAAAGGGCGACGGAAGGGAACAAUCAAUUUUGUAGCUGUUUUUUGCACAGAUAAGUGCAAAAGGCCUGAAAUAACGAACUGGGUCCGUCUCACCCAAGAAAUUAAACACCAGAAUAUCGUAACCCUGCACGAAUGGUAUGAAACCAGCAAUCAUCUCUGGCUGGUAGUGGAGCUCUGCACAGGUGGUUCCUUAGAAAUGGUCAUCGCUCAAGAUGAAAACCUCCCGGAAGAUGUUGUGAGAAGCUUUGGGAUUGACCUGAUUACUGGAUUGCAUCAUCUUCAUCAACUUGGCAUUCUCUUUUGUGACCUUUCUCCUGGGAAGAUUCUCUUGGAAGGGCCCGGCACGUUGAAGUUUAGUAAUUUCUGCCUGGCAAAAGUGGAAGGUGAAAAUUUGGAAGACUUCUUUGCUUUGAUGGCAACAGAAGAAGGAGGAGGUGAUAGUGGGGAACAUGUACUGAAGAAAAAUAUGAAAAGUAGAACCCGAGGAUCGCUUGCUUACACAGCACCCGAAAUUGUGAAGGGCACCGACUUCUCCGUCGCCAGCGACCUCUGGUCUUUGGGCUGUCUGCUGUAUGAGAUGUUCUCAGGAAAACCUCCAUUCUUCUCAGAAAGUGUUUCAGAAGUAAUUGAAAAGAUUAUUCAUAAAGAUCCUUCGCCACCUAUUCCAAAAGAUUCUUCUCUUCCUAAAGCGUCUCCAGAUUUUGUGAAUUUGCUGGAUGGUUUGCUUCAAAAGGAUCCACAGAAAAGAUUAACUUGGGCAGGCCUGCUGCGGCAUCCAUUUUGGAAGGAUGCUUUUACUAGAAGAGAUCAGGACUCGAGCACCGAGGACUCCAGCGUCAGCAGAAACAUGAUGGAAUGUUCCGGGUCACAAGAUGCCAAGGAGCUUGUGAGGAGCCCUCCGAGCGGACAGGCCAGAGGGGAGAGGAGUGGUCAGCGGCCGAGUCGCUCUUGGAGACUAGAAGAUCCAGCUGAGCUGCGGCCUAAGAAUACUCUCGGGGGUCAACUGAACGAGUCCAUGUUCCUUCUCAGUUCUCGUCCUACGCCGCGAACCAGCACUGCCGUGGGGUCAAGUCCUGGUGUGGAUGUGACCCAGAGUUCACCGCAGAAGGCGCCUCCUUUGACCAAGACCACAGUUGGGCACUUGAGCCAGCAGGACAUGGAAUCCCAGAUGAGGGAGCUCAUCUACACAGACGCAGAACUCGUCGUCACGCCGAUUAUUGACAAUCCCAAGAUCAUGAAACAACCACCAAUUAAAUUUGAUCCAAAAGUAUUGCAUCUACCAGCAUAUUCAGUGGACAGGUUAGUGUCCCUGAAAGACCAGGAUUGGAACGACUUUCUGCAACAGGUGUGCUCACAGAUCGACUGCCCCGAGAAGACCAUGGGCGCCUCCCGGGCCAAGCUGAACCUCCUGUGCUACCUGUGCGUGGCGGCCGGCCAGAGGGAGGUGGCCACCCGGCUCCUGCAUUCCCCCCUGUUCCACUUGCUAAUCCAGCAUUUACGAAUGGCUCCAAACUGGGAUAUACGGGCCAAGGUCGCUCGCCUGAUUGGUUUACUGGCCUCACACACAGCCGAACUUCAAGAACAUACACCUGUUAUUGAGGCAAUUACUCUCUUAACUGAAUUAAUUAGGGAAAACUUCAGGAACAGCAAAUUAAAACAGUGCCUGUUGCCAGCCCUUGGGGAGCUGCUGUAUCUGGUGGCCACCCAGGAAGAAAAAAGAAAGCACCCCGGAGAAUGCUGGGCCGUUCCCCUGGCUGCGUACACGGUGCUAAUGAGGUGCCUUCGGGAAGGGGAGGAACGUGUGGUGAACCACAUGGCAGCGAAGAUUAUCGAGAACGUCUGCACCACCUGCUCUGCGCAGGCCCAGGGCUUCAUCACGGGAGAGAUUGGACCCGUCUUAUGGUACCUCUUCAAACACUCCACUGUCGAUUCUCUCAGGAUCACAGCAAUAUCGGCCCUGUGCAGGAUCACUCGCCACUCCCCGUCCGCCUUCCAGAACGUCAUUGAGAAGGUGGGCCUGACCUCGGUGAUCGCCGCCCUGGCCUCCGCCAUCUGCAGAGUCCAGCAGUACCUGCUGACCCUGUUCACCGCCAUGCUGUCCUGUGGGAUCCACCUGCAGAGACUAAUCCAGGAAAAGGAUUUUGUCUCUACAAUUAUCCGUUUGCUUGACAGCCCCUCAACUUCCAUUCGAGCCAAAGCCUUCCUGGUUCUUUUAUAUAUUUUGAUCCAUAACCACGAGAUGCUGCUGCUCAGCUGCCAAGCAAGACUGGUGAUGCACAUCGAGAGGGACAGCAGGAAGACCUCCCCAGGCAAGGAGCGGCAGCCGAGCGGCAGCGAGUACCUGUCCAGAUGCCUGGACCUCCUCAUCCGCCACAUGGUGCGGGAAGUGCCGCGCCUCCUGGGUGACAUUCUCACCGCCCUGGCUAAUGUGUCCGGUCGUAAACACCCAUCAACAGUUCAGGCGAAGCAGCUGAAGCUGUGUCUCCCCCUGAUGCCCGUGGUGCUUCACCUCGUCACCUCCCAGGUAUUUCGACCUCGAGUUGUAACGGAAGAGUUCCUUUUCAGUUAUGGAACCAUUCUUAGUCAUAUUAAGUCGAUAGAUUCAGGAGAAACUAACAUAGAAGGAGCCAUAGGACUGAUGGCAUCGGAAGAAUUUAUCAAGGUCACGUUGUUGGCUUUUGAAGCAAUAAUACAGUAUCCUGUUUUACUGAAGGACUAUUGCUCUACGGUUGUUGAUUAUAUCCUGCCACCCUUGGUCUCCUUGGUUCAAAGCCAAAAUGUGGAGUGGAGGCUCUUCAGCUUGCGGUUGCUCUCAGAAACCACAUCUCUGCUGGUGAACCAGGAGGGCGGGGAUGGCAAGGAGGCUGCGCCCAUCGACUCCGACAGCAACCUUCUGGCUCUCAUUAGAGAUGUCCUCCUUCCCCAGUACGAGCACGUCCUCACGGAGCCUGGCCCGGUCCCGGCCUAUGCCAUGAAGCUGCUGGUGGCGAUGACCGCGCACAGCCCCGCCUUCACCAGACUUGUGGAGGAAAGCAAACUGAUCCCACUCAUUUUCGAAGUCAUCCUGGCCCACCAGGAGAACAUUCUGGGUAACACCAUGCAAAGUGUGAUUGCGUUGCUCCACAACCUGGUUGCCUGCAAGGAUUCGAACAUGCAGCUGCUGUAUGAACACGGACUGGUCCAUCAUGUCUGUAACCUGUUCACCGAAACGGCCACACUGUGCUUGGACGUGGACAAUAAAAACAACAACGAGACGGCAGCCGCGCUGCUCUGCUCCCUGCUGGACGUGCUGCACGGCAUGCUGACCUACACGUCUGGGGUCGUGCGGCUGGCCCUGCAGGCGCAGAAGUCUGGCUCCGGGGGCGACACUCAGGCCGCGGAGGACCUGCUGCUGCUCAGCAAACCCCUGACAGACCUCGUCAGCCUGCUCAUCCCGCUGCUUCCUGCUGAGGAUCCUGAAAUUUUUGAGGUUUCAUCCAAGUGCCUGUCCAUCCUGGUUCAGCUCUACGGGGGAGAAAACCCGGACAGCCUGUCCCCUGAGAACGCAGAGAGCUUUGCCGACUCACUGACAUCCAAGGAGGACCCCAAGGAGCAGAAGCUGCUGCUGCGGAUUCUCAGGAGGAUGGUCACCUCCAACGAGAAGCACCUGGAGAGCCUGAAGGGUGCGGGCAGCCUCCUGCGGGCGCUGGAGCGGCUGGCCCCGGCUGGCGGUUCAUCUGCCGACAGUGCGGUGGCCUCCUUGGCCCUGGAAAUCCUCCAAACGGUUGGACACUAGGCGAGAAGGCACCGAACACAGGCCCAACCUCGGCUGCACAGGCAAGGCCAGCCCCCGACACGCUCGGCACCCCAGCCGUCCCCGCACCCAAUAAAGCCAGCUGACGCCCAAGCCUGCGGCUGCGGUGCUCUCCCUCACUGUGGGCCCUGGAAACGGCCUCCGAAUAGAGCCUCGUCCUGGGGGCACCCGGGAAGCCAGGUUUGCCCCUGGGCUCAGAACGUCCUUUCCUGUGUGGCGCGGGCCAGCCCGCCUGCGGAGACUGAAGGCAGCGCCCAGCCAGCCUUGGGAAGGGUUAGCCUGUCUCCCCCCACUUUGACCUGCCUGGCUGUCCUUCCUCUCAGGGACACACUGAGUCCCAGAGCCCCCUGCAGGCACAGGCAGCUAGGAGUUUGCCUGCAGAAAUGCCAGCACUCCAGGAACGCUGGCUUCCAGGAAGGUCUGCCCAUCGGGGUGGGUGGAUGGCAUCCAAGUAGAAUUGUCCCCCCAACUUCUACCAGUUACUCCCAAAUCCUUGAACCUCUUCAGCCUCUCCCUAUGUUCCCUCACACACAUGCCAAGAACCUCCUGGGAGCGUCAUGCCCAUGAACACAUUUGGUGGACAGUGCAGAGGUGUUGGGCCGAGGCAUCUGGCCUGGAAGGUGGGAUGGGUCGUGGACAGCUCAGACCAGGUGAGCAAGAUGAUGCAUCCCCUUGUCUCUGGGGCCUCGGUGUCUGAUCUGCAAAAGGAAAGGGCUAGACCAGGCCAACAGCUGCUACCCUUCUCCCAGCUGUGGGACUGCACUGCUCAGAGAGGAUGCGCCCCUAAUAAACACUGCCCCUGCCUAGGUGGGGCUGUCCCCUGCAGAGUGGGUGGGGCAGGCAGAGGUCGUAGGCCCACUGUGCCACAGUGAUCAGGGUAGUUUGCCAAGUUCAUUGGGCUUUAUAUAGAAAGCAGCUUGUGCCAACUCUCAAAGGCAUGUCUGUCAGUCCCCACCACAACCUGCGAAGCAAGCCUUCUCCGCUUCCUUUCAGGCCAUCUACUUGCUUGGCUGACCUCAGGACUGACUCCAUAGCCCUGUGUCCCCUGUGGGUGUCCAGAGCUUGGCUGUAAACAGCUGGGGGGUAAGAGGCUGUCCCGUCCCGUCCCCCCCACCCCGCCACAGCAGCAGGCAGUUUGGUUUGAUGGCUCAUAGCCUACUUACUGCCCAUGGUGAGGAGGCUGCAUCCCCAGGGGUCUGGCCUGGCUGGAAUGGCCUGUGCUCCUGGGUGGGGUAGGGAGUUAACACAGGGAGCAGCCAGAGGCCUGGCCUUUGGCUCCAGCUGCUUUGCCUCCGGGGCCCAGGGAGCAGGCACAAAUCUCCUGUUUUCCCAGACAACCUGUUCUCUCCCUUGAUUCAGUUCCUGGGGAACCACUUGAGUUCUGGGUCUAGAGUCCUCAGAGAAGGAAUUUCAGAGAAUGGAAAAGCGACUUCCCCCUUUCCAUCAAGCAGGGAGGAGUCUUUGCUGUUUAAAGUAAACUAGGUAGGAUUUAACGUUCCCAAACCUUGUUGAGUUGACCAUGCCUGGCCGAGCCCACAGCACAGCGUGUUUGAGAAAAGGGCACCUCAGUCGGCAGGAGGACGAGAUGAAGGUCCCAGCAGGGCUACUGCCCUCCAAGGUGCCCAGCCCAGGGUGCCGGGCACUAAAGCUGGCCCAUGCCAAGCCUUGUACCCUAUGUGAGGCUCUGUCCUUCUGGACCUAGGGGAUCCUUUUUGUUCUUCUCACAAAGUGUCAAACAAGCAGCAGCAGCCGCAGUAUAAUGAAAUCGAGGUAGGGCGAGAGCAGGCUGGCUGGGCGGCGGCAGAGACCCUUCCCUGCCUUCUCCAGGCGAGAGGCCCAUGCCCUCGUCUUGGCUUCCCAGGAUGGCUGCAGUGCUGAGAAAGGAGCUGGCCCCUAGCCCAAUUGGAGCUCACAGGAUUCUGACAGUGGUAAGGGGUCCAGACCCAGGUACCUGCUGGCUUCCCCUUCCCACCACCUCCAAGCCUCAGCUAUUUGCUCGUCAACUGACACACCACUGGGACGACUGGUGUCACUGAAGUCGGCAGCCGAGAGCACUCGGGCGGGGAGUGGCUGCACAGGACCUCCGCCUUCCCCUCGACUUACACCCUAACGCGGCGAGACCUUGCCUAACUCCUGCCUGAGAGGAAUGUCCGAGGACGGUGCCUGUGAAGAACCGUUGGGUGACUGGUUCCAGGUGGUCAGAGAGGAAGCGAGAGUCACGGGGGCAGCUGAGGUAGGUCUGCUGGGUGCAGUGACAGAAUUGACUGCCUGGUGGUUCUUUGGACGCGUCCAGCUCCUCGCAUUCCUUAUUACAUGAGGUUUUCUGUUACCUGACGAGGUUCCAGGUCAGCUCUGUGACUGUAGUGUAGCUCAGGCUCUUGUCCAAGGUGAGGAGAGGAGAGGUCUCCCUGCCUCCUCUUGAAGCAAGACGCCCGUCUCCCUCCCUCCCCUGGCAACACACACAGGACGCAGAAAUAAAUCUCUGCACUCCGAUGUCCGCAGCGACUGAGGUAGGAGCCUUGGGAAGGAGGGUGGGGGAGGAGCUACCAACGCCCAAAGAAAGGGGCUUGGCGACGGAGGGCUGUCUGGAGUGGGAUGGAAACAGACUGGACAAAGGUUAGGAGGCCCCAUUAGGCUCCAGCUUCAGUGGAGCUGAGGAGAGAAGUGUGGGAAGAAAAGAAGCCUCGGCCUAGAACGAGGGAGUGGAGUGCGGAGGGGCCUGGAGGGAGACUGGCUUACAGCCCACUGCUGCCUCUCGGAGGCGUCAGGGAGGCCCGUCACCCCCUCUCACCUGCUGAGUGGGCACCACAUAGGAGCGAGGAGAAAAGGAGACACGACCUUUUCUGCCCCACCCUCACCCUUCCAUUCUGUAACUGCCUUGGGGGGCUGAUCCACUCAAGUCAAGGAAAGCAGUGCGAUUCUCACCUGCUGGAACAAAACCACCACAGCCAUCUACUCAGCUUUGCUAAUUAAACCAAACAACACAAGUCAGAUCUUGUUUUUAUUACAGUAACCUAAACAAGAAUUAAAAAGCUUAUUCACCUCAAGAACUUUCACUGUCAAGGAUUCAAAUAACCAGAUCAAGGUCUCAUGUCUAAAGCGUCUACUCCAACAUGAAGCGUCACCCUUCCGCUCAGUGCAGUGGGAUCAAAUGUCCUGUGACCUCCAUCCCCAGGUAACCACUGGCCUGAUUUGUGUAAGAAUCUAAGAACUCCUUGCUUUUCAGUUUUCCCAUCCAUGGAUGAGUUCCUUAAAAUAGACUGCCCUUUUUUGGAUCAGUGUAGCCCUUCAGUAUGCAUUUAUGACUUUCUUUUGUUUAAUAUUAUGAGAUAUAGUCAAACUAUUGUGUAAAGGUAUCGUUUUUAACUGCAGGAUGGCCACUCUCAUGUAUGAAGGAAGUGAUUAUUGGGCACCUGAUCUCACAGUGCCCUACCAGUCAUAUUGGACCUUGAGGCAAAAGAAAAAUACCGAUAUUGUUUUUAUUUAAAAUUGAUAGUUUGUUGGUCGUGGUUUUUCUGCAUUUAACUUCAAUUUUAUCCAAACGGCCACCCACAGAAAAUCAGAAACAGCCCUCCCUAAGCACAAACCACUCUUUUUAAAAGACCAAAUCACAAGUCUUAACAGGUCUACUGACUCUGCCCUAAGGGAGGAAAGCUGGGAGACCUACCGCCAGGAUGACGGGCUCACCUGGCAGGUAGCUGGAAAGGCCCAUUCUGGGUCUAUGUUCAGAUAAACAUCUACACUUAAACCAACUUAAUUAUCAGUUCAAAGUGGAGUUGAAGGAAUUCCCCUCUCCAAAUGAGUCACACUUAUGUGAAGGUGCUUGGGGUCUAAAGCCCAGGUAGUUAAUUUUUCAUUCUUAAGACAGUAACUGUGGGGUGGGGAAUUCCUAUUGGCUUCAGUUUUGCUCUAUGUAGCCCAAGGACUAGAUAGAUGCCUUUUGGUCACUUGGGUGAGAUUACACAGAAGCCAGGUGAAGUCUUGGCCACAGGGUCUAAGCCCAGAGUCCUUCAGUUGGAGAAGGUGGAAUCUCGCCUCUCACACAAGGUCAGAAUCCGUGUUCACGGCUGAAACCAUUGUUGGGGCCACUGCUGGAGAAACUUGGCCAACAUUCCCAUCUAAGGUAAAGGCUCUACCUUUGACCACUGAGUUCACUAUGUACGCGAAUAUACUUGUUACCCUCACAACACCAUUUGCUAACAAGGAAAAAAGGUGACACAAUCGAAUGAAUUAAAAGUUUAAUUCUGAACCAUUUUUAUAACUGCAUUUUCUCUUGAAGCAUUGAAUCACAGCAGGUUACAACAACUUUGGGAUAAAAGGCAACUGGUAAACUGUCCAAAACAAGGUUCCAAAUAACACCUCUUACUGAUUUACCCUACCCAUACAUAUCCCAAAUAAAGUUUUCGAUCAAAAACAUGAAAUAGAUCCACCUGCUUAUUUUAAGCAUAUUAAAAAGGAAACUAAUUGGACCAUUUCUAUUUGUCUAUUUUAUACAAAAAGGCUACACAAUGUUACACUUUAUUCAGAUUACAAUUAGAGUGAUUAUGAAUUAGUGUUCUACACCAUUACUCAAUUCUUAAAAAUUAGAAAUUGCUGUAGCAGUAUUCACUAUAACUUAAGACUACAAGACUUAAAAAACUAACAGUUACUGCAAAAAAAAUUAAAGAGCUACUUCAAAGCAAGCAAAGUCAGUACCAUUACAGAUAUUAAAAAAAAUUUUAACAAGCAAGGCUAGAGUUUGAUAAAUUCCAUCCUGUGAUCCAUUCUUGUGCAUUCUUCACUUCUUGAGUCACUCCCAAAAUCCAUUUGUAUUGUUACUCCUCGACC